GCACCAGUAGAAUCAAGAAGGAAGGCCACCUCUGGGUACUUUGUAUAUAAUCCCUAUCGGCUCGAUUCCAAAGCUCUAGCUGGUAUCUAGCUAUAUAAAUUAAGGUCAUCAGUAGAUAGAAGGAUUAGAUUCCAGGAGAAUUGGGUUCCGAUCCAAUUACACAUACACCAUCAACUUAAGUCUCUCCUCUGGCCAUUUGGGUGGCUUAUCUUGAAGCCGUAUAUAUCUCCCAAAUCUAGAGUCUCCAAUAGCAUCAGAGCUAGUGGACUAAUGCAAAAGGAGAGAUUCUUUGGGUCAGUGGCAUGCAGCUGGGAGAAGCUUGUGGCAUCAUCAUCAGGAAGGAUACCAUUCUCUGCAGGCUCUGGGUGUGAUGAGGGAGAGGUUGAAUCGUUCUUGGAUUCGUCUUCUUGAGUUGUGUGCGUAGGUUCUUGUUCAGUUAACAAGGAGAUUGUUCCUGUGGAGAAGAGAAAAGAUGGCGCCUCCUGCAUCAUCGUCGCCGUCGCCGCUGACGCCCGCCAUGGUUUGCGCAAGGCAGGGACGGCUCCGGCAGCGCUACGAAGGAUGCUACCGCCUUGUCUCAGGAUGCGUUCCUUACGUGGUCAAGGAGGAUGCUGGGGAGAAAAGCUGCCAGCAGGGCGUGCUAGGCAGGCUGCAAGUGCUCAUGAUCUCGACGCCCAAGCGAAGCGAUCUCAUCUUCCCAAAGGGUGGAUGGGAGGACGACGAGAGCAUCGACGAAGCUGCGUGCAGGGAGGCCUUCGAGGAAGCAGGCGUCAAGGGCAUUAUCAGCGCAACGCCGCUGGGAGAAUGGAUCUUCAAGAGCAAGAGCAAACAGAACAGCUGCGGUCUUCAGGGGGCUUGCAAGGGCUUCAUGUUCGGACUACAAGUCACAGAGCUAGUUGAAAUCUGGCCUGAGCAGGUUACCCACGGCAGGAGAUGGGUACCCGUAGAGGAGGCAUACGGUCUCUGCCGGUACGACUGGAUGAGGGAAGCUCUGGACAAGCUCAAGGAGCAGCUGCUGUUCGAGAGCAACGAAUUCAGGCCUCUGCCAUCGCCAGAGCUGGUGGACUCGUCGAGCCUGUUCAUGGUGAUGCCGCCGGCUGCCGCCGAAGGGGCGGUAGCGCUGUGCUGAUGCCGAUGAUGAUGAUGAUGAUCUCGCGCCAAUGGCAGUUGCUCGUCAUCUGAAGUUCCAGGAGCCAAAUGGUUCAGAUGUCGAUGAUGGUUUCAGUGUUUCAGGCUUCAAAUCCCACCUGCAGAAAGAGUUGCAGUGUCAGAACCUUGCGGAAUCACCAGGACAAAUUCUAGUGUUUAAUUAAUUAAUAACCUUUUCAUGUUGCUGAGAACUAAUUGGAAGAAACAAGCUAACAAAUUUAAAGUUCUAUUUGUGGAA